AUGACGAUAUUUUCUUCGAAAAAACCUUCAAAUAAUAAUAAAGAUUUAUCAUCGAACUCAACAAAUCAACAACAACAACAAUCAUCAGCGAAUAUUUCUCGCACGCGUAUUUCACGUGAUGACGAUAAUUCGACGAGUAUACAACCGAAUUCAACUGAAGAAUCCAAUCUCGGAUGUGACAACAAUCUUCCGUCAAGUUCAUCAACAACAAACACGAUGUUAACGACAACCGCUGCGCCGACAUCGAAACGUAAAUCUCAUUUUCAUCAUCAGACAACCGUUAAACAAGCUCGACGACGUGGCAGUUCAGUCGGAGAAAAACACAUCCCAAACUCUUCGAUACCCAACGUUGUUUGUAAUAGUCCAUCGUCGAGUUUAACCAAUGAGAAUACCCUGCCGGCAAAUGCUAAUUCAAAUGAGCAUAUUCUAACUCAAGCAUCAACAUCAGCAGCAUCGUUAACAACGGUUAAUAAUGAUGAACAAUGUAACAGUGAAGAUGAAUAUGAACAAACAACUGUUAAAUACGAUAGGAAUAAUCUCAAUGAACUUGAAAUGCGUUUUGCUAGAGCAUUGAAAGAAAAGAAAGGUUUUGUUAUCAAAGCUGUUCAAGAGGAUGGAGCUUGUUUAUUUCGAGCAGUGUCUGAUCAAGUAUUUGGUGAUGAAGAAAUGCACGCAACUGUUCGACGAAAUUGUAUGGACUAUAUUGUGAAAAAUGCCGAUUUUUUUCGUUCGUAUAUCACAGAAGAUUUCGAUCAUUAUGUCACACGGAAACGGCGACAGCAUUGCCAUGGAAAUCAUAUUGAAAUGAUUGCCUUAUCAGAAUUAUACAAUCGACCAAUUGAAGUCUAUGAAUACAGUAUUGAACCAAUUAACAUUGUACAUGGAAUGUAUAAAACCGAUAAUGAGCCUAUUCGUUUAAGCUACCAUUGUGGUGUUCAUUACAAUUCAAUCAUUGAUCCUUGGCGGCCGACUGCUGGUCACGGUCUUGGCUUUCCUGAUCUCGAACCAGGACGGGCUCAAGAAACACUUAUUAGAUCAGCUGUACGCCAAUCCGAAGAAAGUCACAUUGAACGUGCGAUGCUUGACGAUAAGAUAGCAGCUACUGAUUGGGAGGCAACACAAGACGAACUAAUUCAGCAAGUUGCGAGAGAAUCUUAUUUACAAUGGUUAUGUGAUACAAACCAACAACACAAAGAUAACAAGACGAUGCCGUCGUCAAGCUCAUCGCCAAGAUCAACGACAACCUCUGAACGAGCGUCGAAUAACAACCAUGGCUCACCGAGAAACUUGUUGCCGUUGAAGCUCGAUGAACGAAAAGAUUGUGAAUUUGCUUUACCGUUUAAUUAUGAAUGUGAUGCUUCAUCCAAUACUGAUCUUGACGAUGACGAUGACUCCUUAAUGCGACAAGUUCUUGCCAUAUCACAAAUCGAAUACGUUGAAACACUACGAAAACAACAACAACCUCCGAAAUCCGACGAUCCACACGGCCCAUCAUCAUCGUCGGACACACAUCUUUUGUAG